GAAGCAAGAGGAAGAAAAUUAGAGUUGCCUACGAAAAUAGCGCCUGCGCCUCGGAAUUUAUUUGAAUUUGAUGCUUGUGGCGUCCCCUUAGCCGAAUAUGAACACGCCAGGUAUAAGCCUCUUUCAGGGGGCGGAUGCCCUUAACAUAAAUUCUACACUGGACCGGCAGGAGGAGGAAGAGGCGCUGCAGGAUCAGAAACGACGCGAGGAAGAGCUUGGACGGAUUAUGGUGAAUGCCUUCGACGAUCUGCUCGAUGAAGAGAACACAAUCGACUCGACGACGAAUUACCAGUCGGAACUGGAACAGCCGCCAGUUCUACCCAACUACCCAUCACAUCCGCACCAUAAACCGCUGCAGGACGAUGCUCAGCGAGCCAACGAGAUCGAGAUGCAUCGCCUCCAGAUCCUGCUGGAGUCUAAGAAUAAUGAGCUGCAGAAUGUCAACCAGGUGGCCAACGCUGCGCACAAAAAACUGGAUGACUUACAAAAGCACCUAUCCAUCAUGCAGGCUGAGCUAGACCGCGCCAUUCGCGAGAAGCAGAACACUCACGAGCUGUUGGUGGAGACCAAAGAGACGUGCUCCAAUAAGGACAGCGAUCUGGACAAGCUGCGGUCGGAAAAGAAGCAGUUGGAAGAAGAUAACACGCGAUUAGUUGGUCAAUUAGAGGCCGCCAAGACCUUGCUUACGGACGUCCAAAGCAAAUACGACAUGGUGCAGGCCAGUAAGCAGAAGUGGGAGGAGCGGAACGCCGACCUACGUUUAAAGCAAAUGGAGGAAGCGCACCGAGCCCAGUCCGAUCUUUUGCAGCAGCAACUCUGUCAGAUGAAGGAUCAGCUUGAUCGCAAGCAAAAUGAGUUGGAUCAGAUAAACUCGCGCUACAAUGCUCUGCAGUCUGGUCACGAAACAAUGCUCGUAGAUAAGGCUGCCAAGAUUAACGAGCUCAGUCAAGCUUUGGAUGAGGCCCAAAUGCGCUGCAACCAACUAAGUGCAAGACCCGAUUUGCAGGCUGAAAAUCGUCGGCAGCAACAGUGCAUCGUUGACUUGAAAGCCCGCAUUGCCUAUUUGGAGCAAACAGUCGCUUCGCUCCAUGAGCGCCUAAACGAAACCACCACGGAACUUGACCUGAUAGAUUCGGUUAUUCAACAGCAUCAGGCGGACGAAUCGCCUACUAGUCGGCUAAGUCAAAUGGGUGGAUCGCGCCUUGUUGGUAGCACACCGCUGAAUCCUCUAGACAGAGUCGGUCACAUUAAGCAGGAGUUGUAUCGAGCUCUGGGCAACCUGAAGAACAAGCGGGAAGAAGUGCGACGCCUAGAGAAGCUCCUGGAGGAACGCAACCAGGAACUGCGCGUGCUGCGCGACCAGGAGAACCAAUCCCUGGUUCAGCUGGAAACCCUAAACGAAGGCAAAAUGCGGUUGGAAAACAAAGUGAAGGCAAUGCAGCAGGAGUUGGAAGAGCAAAAACACAGAUCACAGCAGGAGUCAGAUGUGCACUCACAGCUGAAUUCCAUUGUGGCCGAGAGGGAUGCACUAAGGGAAAAACGGCAGCAGAUUGAAGAAGAUCUGGAGCAACUAAAGCAGCAGAACGAGAGCCUUCAAAGAAAUUACGAUCAGCUUUCGCAGGAAAAUCGGCAGUUGCGAACUCGAGAAACUGCAGACAACCUGCGCUUGGAGCUGGAACGCCACAAGAUUCUGUUGAGGGAUUCCCAGAGCGAGGUCGAGCGGCUUAAGAAACUCUAUUCUGACAUCGCCACAGACAAAGAGUCAUUAGGCUAUGAAUUGAGAAAGCUGAGAGAAUCGGACACGCUUAAGGAGUUGCAGGAUCAACGCCAAAACUUGGCCACUGUUCAGCGAAACUUGCAGCUGGCGGAGAUGAAAUCAGAGGAGCUAAAAAAGCUUCUGGAAACGGAGAAACUCAGCCACGAACGUGAUCUGCAGGCCUUGCGCCAAAGGAGCGAGCGGGAAAAGCGCGAAGAAGCAGUUGCGGUGGCCAAAGAAAGUUCCGAAAACUGCAGCAAGUGCAUUGAAAGCAUAGCAGAAAUUACCAAGGCGGAAAUUCAGUUGUUGAAACUCCAGAAUGUGAACUCAAUGCAGGCCAAGGAACUGAAAGAAUUGGAACACGCGCUGGAGCAGUCUAAAAAUUUGCAAGCCGAGAUGCAGGAAAAGAUCGAGCUUUCAAACAAGCAGGACGAGCUCAUUAGCGAUCUUAAGGAGAGGGCCAAGCAAUUCGAGGCGUACAUUAGGCAGCAAGAGGAGCAUAAGCAGCAGAAUAAGUGUACGCCCAGUCCGAAAUCAAACUCAGUUUCCCCGUCUGAUCCAUCGCCCAAAGAGCUCACCCAGAAUCGGAUAAGGUUGAUCGAACAACGUGUUCGUGAUGAGAUGGCCAAACUUUUUGCAGCAGAACUCAAGAGGUUUACUAACCGGCUGCAAAAAUCUGAGGAGAGGAGCCAGUGCCUCCAAAGGGAAUACCAAACGGUGUGUGCAGAGCUGCAACAGCGGCAAACGGAGGUGGAUCUUCUAAAGCAAACUAUCCUGGCAGAACGCGAGAAUAUCGAUGAAAUUCUGGCCGGCAGGGAAGAAAAGCAAAAGGAAAUGCUGCAGAAGUGCCGCCAGGAGCUGCAAGCGAAGAACCAGCGAAUUGCCGAACUGCUCCGAGAAGUGGAGGAGCAGCACGCCAGCAUCGACUCCGAAAGGCAAUCUAUGAAGGCUGUGAUGGCUCAGUGGGAGAAACAGCGCCAGUCAGUCGACCAGGUGGAACACCACUGGCGCCAGCAGCUGGAAAGCUUGCGUUCCACCCACGAAGAGGCGAUGCGAUCCGCACAGCAGCGAUAUCAAAGUGCCAAGCGUACCGCCCACAAUUACAAGUUGUAUGCCGAGGACAAGGAGGCGCACAUGAAACGCGAGUAUGAGCGCAUUAAGCACGAGUACGAGCUAUCACUCGCCAAGAUCGAGGCGACCAUGAACCAGCACCUGGAGCGGCGGAGUCGGGAGAAGCACCGCGACAAAGAGAACGUGCCCAGCAAUAGCAGCAGCGACCCAAUCACCAACUCAAAUAGAAAGCCCAAAGGCAAUGGUCACAGCUAAGACUUAGGAAAAUAUAUAUAUGUAUAUGUAGGUCUCUUUAGUGGGAUAUCGUUACUGCAUGCACUGCCAAAUUGUCUAAACAAAUAAAAGUCGCUGUACAUUCCU